CGCUCAUUCGGCGAAAAACCGUAUGUGAGUGAGGUUGUCCGUUGCUCCGGGUCGCGCGUCGGUCCGACUGUGUGUGGGUGUGUGUGCGUGCGCUGGCCGUUCAAUUUGUGUGAAGUAAUAAGCGUAAUUAGUUUGCUGGUGCGGCGACGACGGAUUGCAAACUGCUUGAAAACGCCACUAAACGUCUGACGCAUCAUCUUCAUCUCCGAUUUUGCGAUUUUGUGAUUUUGCAGUUGAACCUGGCCAAUAGAGUCCCUCGAGUGGAACCGAAACGAACAGCACCAGCAACAACAACAAAAAAGAGGCAGCGAUGUCCACCGCCGUUGAAACGGGGUCGUCGCCUGCCAAGAGCAACAGCAACAACAAUAGCAGCGGCGGCAACAACAGCGGCAACGGCAAUCCCAGUCCAAAUGCGAAAGGCGUGCAGCGGCGUCAACUGCGUGAGAGGAAGCAGCGCAAGCUCUAUCUGGAGGAAUGGUCACUGGGAGACGAGGAUGGCGAGGGGACGAGGGGCUUCAGCGUUGCCGAGAAGCUCGAAUCUUCGAAGUUCGCGCAGGCGGGAAUGGUUCGCGAGAUGCGCGGAUGCGAUCUAACCGUCGCAUUCCUGCAGCAGCACGGCUUCAAUAUCCCGCUUUUGUUUCGGGACAAAGCGGGAUUGGGUCUACGAAUGCCCGAUCCUCAAGAGUUCACCGUCAACGAUGUGCGACUGUGCGUGGGAUCCAGGAGACUGCUCGACGUCAUGGACGUAAACACGCAGAAGAACCUUCAGAUGACAAUGAAGGAGUGGCAGCAGUACUACGACAGUCCGCAAAAGGACCGCCUGCUCAACGUGAUAUCGCUGGAGUUCUCGCACACCCGCUUGGACAGGUUCGUCCAGAGUCCGGAGAUCGUGCGCCAGAUCGACUGGGUGGACGUAGUGUGGCCCAAGCAGCUAAAGGACGCCCAGCGGGAGGGCACCAACCUGCUGGGCGGCAUGAUGUACCCAAAGGUGCAGAAAUACUGCUUGAUGUCGGUGAAAAACUGCUACACGGAUUUUCACAUUGACUUUGGCGGGACAUCCGUUUGGUAUCACAUCUUGAGAGGGAGCAAAGUAUUCUGGCUCAUUCCACCCACGGAUCGCAAUCUUCAGUUGUACGAAAAGUGGGUUCUCUCUGGAAAACAGGCGGAUGUUUUCUUCGGUGAUACCGUUGAAAAGUGUGCCAGAGUUUAUCUGACCGCAGGGAACACCUUCUUUAUACCCACUGGAUGGAUACAUGCCGUUUACACGCCCACCCAAUCCCUCGUAUUUGGAGGGAAUUUUCUCCACUCGUUCGGGAUUGUUAAGCAACUGAAGACAGCCAGUGUGGAGGACAGUACGAAGGUGCCCCAGAAGUUUCGCUACCCCUUCUUCACGGAAAUGCUGUGGUAUGUCCUGGCUCGUUAUGUUCACACGCUGCUGGGACACUCCCACCUGGAGGGUGAAGCCUCGUUGGGCGAAGAUGAAAUGGCUGCCCGUCCGCACACCCACCUCACGCACUACGAACUCUUUGGACUUAAGGAGAUCGUGAUGUACUUGUACGAUCUUCCGCCGCAAAAAAAGAAUGUUCCCAGUUUGGUUCUCGAUCCUGUUGCACUGAUUAAAGAUGUUCGAUCGCUUGUGGAAAGGCACUGCAAGGAUCAGCAAGAUCUUGCCAUCACGGGCGUCUCCGUGCUAAAGUCCCCACCAGGCUCGCAGCCGCCCUUCUUGCUGUACGAUCGCACACGGGUGAAGCAAGAGAUAAAACAGGAAAUCGUGCGCAAAAAUGCGGAGGUCAUUCGGGAGCAGCAGCAAUUGGAGGCGGGUAGAGCCAGGGAGGCCGAAUCGGAUACAUCUCAGUCCACUGGAGUGGGAUCUGCAAUGGGAAUGGGAGCUGGGAUCGAGUAUAGCAAUGGAGUGAUGAAGAAGGAGCAGCUGGAGAACGGUAGCGGAGUUGUAGUCGGCGGCCACGGAUCGCAACCAGAGGCCACCUUUGUCCUUCCCACCGAUACGCUUAAGUAUCGCCCACCCAAGAAGAUGCAUUUGGCCACCGCUUUAGUGGCAGCCGCCGCAAGCAGCAGCAGCAGUAGCAGUGGAGGAGUAGGAGGGUCAGUUGCAGGAGGAUCUCUUGUCGUAGGAAGCAGCCACAGUCCCACUGGAGGAGGAGUAGGACCUGGCCCGGGAGUAGGCGGCGCCAUUAGUGUGAUUGCCACCAGCUCCAGCUACAGUGAAGGAGGAACAGUCGGAGCUAUCCCCAAUAUGGACAAUUGCCCAUCUCCCGGAGACAAUGGUGCCAAACUGUCGCCAAACCUGACUGGUACCGGACAACCACGCCGCCGCAGGACGCGUUGCAAGAACUGUGCCGCCUGCCAGCGCUCCGACUGCGGCACCUGCCCCUUCUGCAUGGACAUGGUCAAGUUUGGAGGACCGGGCCGUGCUAAGCAGACGUGCAUGAUGCGUCAAUGUUUAUCUCCCAUGCUGCCAGUUACGGCACAAUGCGUCUACUGUCACCUGGACGGCUGGCGCCAGACUCCAGUCUCGCCACAGACCAAGCAACUGGCCUCCGCGGAUGGGCCAUCGGCGCUGAUGGAGUGCUCCGUGUGCUACGAGAUCGCCCACCCUGAUUGUGCACUGUCGCAGCUGGACGGCACGGAGGAUGCGGCUGAUGCCAAGGGGAUCGUAAAUGAGGAUCUGCCCAACAGCUGGGAGUGCCCCAGCUGCUGUCGCUCCGGCAAGAACUACGACUACAAGCCCCGUCACUUUAGAGCGCGUCAGAAAUCCUCCGAGGUGCGACGCGUUUCCGUUUCUCAUGGUCCUGGGGGAGGAGUCGAAGGCCACGCGGAAGGAGCUCCCCUGCUGCCGCCCCCGGUGGGCCAGUACAAUGACUUUGUCUUUACGAGUGAGUCUGAGUUGGAAGCGGGGACACACGGCGGGCACAUGACACAUUGGAAGCACGGGAUGAAGCGCCACCACCAACUGGAGGUUAAAACGGAGCGGAACAACAGCUGCGACACCCCAUCGCCCGGAAUCUCACCCAAUGCCGUUGGCGGCGAGUCCAAACUGGGGAAGCGGCGCAAGAGCGACGAUGGUACCAUCGUUAGUAGCAGUAUGCACGAGAGUAAUGAUGCCCCGUGCGGUUCCUCGGCGGAGGGACCUGGAGGAGUAGGAACUGCCAGCAUAUCUACCAACCAAUGGGGUGGCAGUGGCGGAGGAGGUGGUUCCCGCAAGAAGAAUUCGAUCCGUUCGCAGCUGGCGCAGCAAAUGCUGAACUCAUCGACACGAGUGCUUAAAAAACCUCAGUAUGUGGUGCGUCCAGCGAGUGGAGCCGGUUCCUCUUCGUCCAGUGGAAACGGAGGCAGUGCGUCCGCCACCAACGGACUCAGCAACGGAAGUAACCAAAGCGGAGUCAACUCGAGCGGAGGAAACAAUGGCGAGCGAGGAACCAAUAACGGAGGAUUGAGCGGAUCGAACGGCUUGGGAAAUCAGCACCACGGAUCAACACAGAAUCUGGCCUUGGAUCCCACCGUGCUGAAGAUCAUUUUCCGCUACCUGCCGCAGGACACGUUGGUCACCUGCUGCUCUGUGUGCAAGGUGUGGUCCAACGCUGCCGUUGAUCCCGAUUUGUGGAAGAAAAUGAAUUGCUCUGAGCACAAGAUGUCAGCGUCGCUUUUGACAGCGAUUGUGCGCCGGCAGCCGGAGCACCUAAUCCUGGACUGGACACAGAUUGCCAAGCGGCAGCUGGCGUGGUUAGUGGCCCGCCUCCCGGCGCUCAAGAAUCUCUCGCUGCAGAACUGCCCCAUCCAGGCAGUGCUGGCGCUGCACACCUGCCUCUGCCCCCCGCUCCAAACUCUGGAUCUGAGCUUUGUAAGGGGAUUGAAUGAUGCUGCAGUUAGGGACAUUCUUUCGCCUCCAAAGGACUCGCGACCUGGUUUGAGCGACUCAAAGACGCGGCUUAGGGAUCUCAAAGUUCUAAAGCUGGCGGGAACGGAUAUCUCCGAUGUGGCUGUGCGAUAUAUCACUCAGUCGUUGCCGUACUUGCGGCACCUGGAUCUCUCCUCCUGCCAGCGAAUCACGGAUGCGGGCGUGGCGCAGAUAGGCACCUCCACCACAGCCAUUGCCCGCCUCACGGAGCUUAAUCUGAGCGCCUGCCGGCUCGUAUCCGAGAACGCUUUGGAACACCUGGCCAAGUGCGAUGGACUCAUCUGGCUGGAUCUGCGUCAUGUACCCCAAGUGAGCACCCAGUCGGUGAUCCGCUUUGCAAGCAACUCCAAGCACGAUUUGUGCGUCAGAGACAUCAAGCUGGUGGAGCGGAGGCGAAGGAACUCGACGACAGUGGCCAGAAGCUGGCACCCUGCCUGAGCAACUGGCGGUUGGAGGAGGCCCAAUAAAUCUUAAUCAUAUGCAUAAGAACAGCACUCGUUCUAAGCCCCGAUCCUCUUACCAUAAAUCACCAACCCUUUGCCGGAAUGCAAGCCAAAGAGAGUCGUCGGGCCCUUUGCAUUGCGUGUGGUUAUGUUUUUAAAGCUAAGCUAGUCAGGACUGGGGGUUUCUUCCGAGUGUCCGUUUUCCGAAAGGUGUUUGCUUAUUGAAGGUCACUGAUGAGGAUGUUUGGCGGCAUCCGAAAUAUGCAAAUAUUCUCGAACUCGCUAUCUGACCAGCCCAUAUCUGUGUCUUGUAGCUGUUUAACUAACUUUAGCGAAUUAGGAUUUCUUACAAUUUAGAUUUCAUUUAUUACCUUUUAAGGUGCAAUUCAUUUAACUGUUUUCAAUUAAUUCUUUGUAUCUCCAUUUUAAUUAUACAACUUCCGGAGGUUUAGGAAUCUCAAACAUUUCAUUUUUUCGAAGAACAAUCAAUCUUCAUGGUUUCAUUAUUUCUUAGCGAGUUACAACUAAGCUGAUAAAAUCUCUGUGGAAUUCUCAGUUUUUUUAUGUUGCCGACUUUGGUUUCCUAUUUUUCUGAACCAUUUUGGGCAGUGUGAAGGGCAGAGCUUCGGUUUUUCCGAAGAUAGAUGGCAGCCAUCCCUACGAAUCCCCGUUUUUACAGGUCAGCACCACUCUCACACUCGGACUUAGCGUAGUGAUUAAGAUUAGCAUUCCCGCGAUGGUAAUUACAUUUAAUCAGUGUCAUAUAUUUAAGUAUGCAGACAAGUUAGAAGUUAGAGAGCAGCACUAGGUGCACCGAUCCAGCUUAAGUAGAUCCAGCUCGCACAGCAAUUAAGAAUCACAGGCAGUGCGUUUCGGGACUGUAAGAGCAGUGCAACCAAACGAUGAAACCGAUUUUAUUUGAUUGUCGAACACCUUUAAAACUUCCCAAAAUUUUGCCUUACUCGAUGCAAUUAAAACACGAGCGUUGCAUCUUACAGUUCUGAAUCCCUCUGUACCAGCGCUAAAGCCGCAGAUAAUUGAUAAGUCAUCCUGCCAAGCUCCCUAAGAAACCCCUCCCAAUUCCCCAGUAGCAGUUAAAUAGUGAUAACGUUGCUAAAAUAUGUAUUUGAGAGUAUGUAAGAGUAAUACAAGUAAGCCCAUACUUAUAUUUAAUGUUUUACAUAAUUACAUUACAAAUAUAGAAUAAUGUUUCAAGAA